AUGAGAGGCCAAACGAACCAUCUUCCAUUGCUAUUGUUUGUUAAAUCUGAUGCAGCGGCCUUUGAUGCUGCCAAUUCUCAAGUCUUCCAUCCAAAAGCCACUGCUCACACGGCGGUGUUAGUCAGAUGGUAUCUACGACAAUUGACCAAACGAUAUCUCAUCACAUCAAGGCAGAGCUGCUGGAAGGCCAAUCUGGAAGAGCGGAGUCUGUUCAACUACCGGCAGCAGGACGUCUGGUUGAGACAUUGCAUCUGGGAGAAUUUCUCGCUAAUUGGACUCAGAAAAGGCAUGAUCACCCUAUCACAGUUUCGGGAUUGGUUGGGCAAGAAGUCGGCGCUUGGAAACCACACACCUGGUCACAGCUGGCGCUGCCACUUUCCAUCGCCGCGAUCCUCAACCGCAAGCGACGAUGCCACACGACUUUCCCGAUUGCCGCCAAACCCCAGAGUUCUGGAACCCCAUUCUGCCGCCGGAUCGGUUCACACGUUGGCAUCAUCGCCUCUUCGUUUUGGUCUGCGGUUGGGCGACACCCGCAACAGAAUAUUUGCAUUCGAGACGAAGCGAGACCAAGGCUCGAGCUUGAUUGUCCCAGUUGAGCCUCAGAGUCGAGAGUCAAGCGGCAUUCCCGACGAGCUCCAGCCAGGCGAGGAGUGCAAUCGAGAUGGUCGUCACCCAACGUCGAACUCUUGGCUCAUGCUCAGCUCGGUAGUGGGGAAUCAUCCGGAGGGCACGUCGACACGGAUCGAGAGACACCUUUCAAUCCGGGACCCAACUAAUACCCGCCUGCCUACUCAACUGGGAAAUCUCGAUCGCUCCAACGCGUGCAAGAUGCCAGAGGACACAACUCACCCGACUCUCGCGUUGCAAACAUUCCGCCAUGAUCCGGAUCCGUUGUGUGCUCGUGGAACGACCGGAAUCACAUUUUUCGCUCUCGCCAUUGUCUCCCGUCGCACCCCUGUCUCUCGGCCGAUUCCUUCUGCUAGAUCGAUCAAGGGGCAUUCAAAGAUCUGGCCUGGGCUCGCUGCGGGCAAGUUCCCGGAAUACGGAGACUGGGGGAUGAAUUCGACAGGCAAAAAAGUGAGAGAUCUCGAUGCGCGCUGCUUGGCCGAGCACAGACUCAGACGGCGCCCUUGUCAACCUGCGUUCAAUUCUUUCAGGGCAGCAACAGACAUGGAUGCAAAGGGCCAAAUCCAGUCUACCUCAUCGCACCAGCCAGCCGAGCGCACUUCUGCCCUAGGAGCAAGCGAUUCAUUGAACUUGGUCGUUCCUAGGCGGAUGACGAGGGAACGGAACCACAACCACAUCUCGAUGCCGAUGUUUGAGGCCUGUCACCCCAAAGCCCAUGUCAGAAUUCGAUGGCGACCAGGGGAUUCUGAGCAACGUUUCUCCAGCAAAGAAAAAGCCCGAUUCCGAUGCUGGUGGCCGGCCUGCCACACCACCAAGGUGUACGCAACAAGCAAAGCAUGGGCAAAACAUGCCACAAAUUAUAGGAAACCCGUUGCGGCGAUCGCUGUGAUCGCUGGGCCAAACGCAAAUCUGAGCAUCGGAUUCCGCUCCGACUCAUCACCCUGGCUCCCACACACACGUCCAUCGGCCAUCGCCCUGGGCGCCCACGCAGUUCGUCACCGAUGGUCCUCAACGAGCGGCACUUGGCCGGAAGCAGCAAUGCCAUCGAUCAGAGAUAGCGACCCGAACCAGCCUGAGAGCUUGCGCUUUUGGUACGAACCCCGCCGCACUACCGCUGCCCGCAUACUCUGUCUGUACAAUAUUCUGCACCUCGUCAAGCGAGCGGGUACCCCCCUGGCGAGCGUAGACGUGGGAGCUCUUCGCAGUACGAACCGAGGACAUGGGCCCGACCUGUUGGCAGCGGUCGUUGGUCCUUCCGCCAUCUUUCUCGGAGCAAGGACCGUUCAUUCUGCUCUCCCAAAGCUCAAAGACUCCUCCUUGCUGAGCUUACCUCACCAAGCUCACCACCUGAGGAAGCAAGCAGACGCCGAAGACAUCAAAGAGACCCAGACCCUUAACUUUGCGGGAGGCCGUUCCAGGUCUAAACCCACCCCCCUCUCCACACUGCUGCUCCCGAUCACCGUGUUCCACGCAUCGACUCGCGAUCAGUCCUGCAACAUCAACGAUCGCUCCGCUCGCUGGUGGACAACGGUAUCUCCAACCAGCCCCUACCGUUCUGCCACCAAUUUUGCCCAAAGUGUACUUUGUACCGAACAUCGUACCGUCCUUUCGAUAUCUUGGCUUGAUGACCUUACAUCCUUCCACAACGACCUCUCUCAAGCAAUAAUCCUCAUAAUCCCCGAUCGACUCCCUUGCCAGCACAUCCAGACAUACGCAUAA